AUGUCUCAGCCUGUUGACGAAGCAGAACACAGUGCUGAAAUGCAGUAUCCUUACAUACAUCGUUUACUGCAGAAGCUAUAUCCUAGCAAGGCAGUAUCGUCUUAUCCACCGCUUGUACCGAUCAUGAUAGGAGCUACCAAUGCCACGACAGAGCGGACCUUGGGAGCUAUGCUCGCGCCAUACAUUGCAGAUGAAUCCAAUGCCUUCGUUAUCUCCUCCGACUUCUGCCACUGGGGUUCCAGGUUCUCAUAUACUUACUACCUUGCUGAUGCCCCAAGUCCAGCAACUUCUCCUGAAUCACUUCCUAACGGCGUCAGUGGUUCUGCAGCUGCCCUCGAUAUCCACAAAAAGCACGACUGGCAGCAAGGUACAAUGAUAAGAGGUUCAGCAGCACCACGUGCUCCGAAAAUCCACGAGAGUAUAGCCGAAGUAGAUCGAGCCUGCAUCUAUGACGAGUUUCUGGAAGUCAUUGAGGAAACAGGCAAUACCGUCUGUGGCAGGCAUCCGAUAGGCGUGUUCAUGGCAGGAGUGGAAGAGCUUGAAGGUCAACACCAGCAGACAAAUACGAACGACGAUGCACUGAAGAGAAGAUUUCGCUUCAUGCGGUAUGAGCGAAGUAGCAAUGUCAGUUCUGCGAAGGACAGCAGUGUCAGCUAUGUUAGUGCUUUCGCUGUGCUGUAA